CACAUCGCGUUUCCAUGAACCGGAAGGCCUCUCGAAACCGUGGGCUUGCUUCACGCAUGUUCUUCCUCCGGCACGACUCGGAUACUGGGUUGGAUACUGUCGAGGCACCGGCCUUCUGAUCUGAUGGGAAAGGUCAAUAUUCGACAUCCUAUCACUUAAGGAUAAGCAUAUGGAACGGAUGAGCCCUUCCUCUCACACUUCACAUCCGGCGUUCCGGGAUGUUUCGACAACUAAGAGGCUGUGAACCUUGGUCACUUUUUCUUGCUAGCACUACAGGAGCGUGGGAAGCUGCAAUUUUCACGCAUCUUUGUUGAUGCUACUGUGUAAAAUGAUGCCUAAUGCCCUGCAGCUCCUGUGAAUAUCACCACACCCGACACGAAUUUCGCGGUCAUCCGUGUCCGGUGUUGCUGAAAGCCACUCCGACGCUAUGGUAUGGCAACGCGGAAAUGGUGAGGGAACCUGCCAACGUUCCGCUCGGGGACCCGCCGCGAUACCUUAUUUAGCGACUACGCAGACACUAGUCAAGGAUCGACACGUAACGGCGGGGCCGCUCCACCUCGCUUCACCAUUUUCAAUAUAUAGUUGCACCGCAGGCCAGAAACCGAGAGCUGAGAGUCCGAUCUUGGCCUCCUAAAGGCUUACCACUGGUUUGCUCUGCUGUCCCUACCGAGGCGUAGGGUUGUUCCCCAGGCGCCCCUGCAAUAUGUAUGUUUUCUCUCAUGGAGCCCGCAAAUCGCAUGGCGAUGCGCAAAGGAGAUAAUCCGCCCUCGACAAAGACGUGCUUGCCGCUCACACUCCUGUGAGCGUCACAAACCGGCAACCCGUCAUUGGGUACGCGGUCCCGCAAGAGGCGACGAUGCGCACCCGAACCAAACACAUCCCGAGCUGGCGGGACUGCAAUAUUUCUGCCAAGCCAAGCAGAGCCCAGCGUUCACGGUACCGGGCUGGCCACCCACACUCCUGUGAGCUGGACAGCGUGCCUUCCCGUGUCUUCGGUGCAUCUAGGUGCCUUGCGAUGUUCAGUGCAGGGGCAGCGCAGAUUUUGUGCGGUAUAAAAACCUGACGAUGUGCAGCCAAAGACUUCAGGACACCGAGUUAUCUCCUCGCCAACCUCCUCAGGACACCAGGUCUCAUUCGCUCUGCGACCCCUCCUAGCUCUCCACAAGUCAGACAUCGCAAUGGCUUUCGCUACUUCGCUCUUCGCCUUGGUCGCUCUUGCUGCCGUCACCACCGCUGCGCCGGCUACCACUCAGGCAGUCUGCUCUGACGGAACCCGUGUCAGCAACGAGGCCUGCUGCGCCUUCAUCCCCCUCGCGCAAGAUCUGCAGGAGAAUAUCCUGAUGAACGACUGCGGUGAAGAUGCUCACGAGGUCAUCCGUCUUACUUUCCACGACGCUGUUGCGAUCUCCCGCAGCCAGGGUCCCUCUGCCGGUGGUGGAGCUGACGGCUCGAUGCUCCUCUUCCCGACCAUUGAGCCCAACUUCUCGGCCAACAACGGUAUCAGCGACUCCGUCAACAAUCUCAUCCCCUUCAUGCAGAAGCACAACACCAUCAGCGCUGGCGAUCUUGUCCAGUUCGCAGGUGCCAUCGCGCUCACCAACUGCCCCGGUGCUCCUCAACUCGAGUUCUUGGCUGGCCGCCCGAACCACACUAUUCCCGCCGUCGACGGCCUGAUCCCCGAGCCCCAGGACAACGUCACCCACAUUCUCGAGAGGUUCGACGAUGCUGGUGGCUUCAGCCCUUUCGAAGUCAUCGCCCUGCUCGCUUCCCACUCCAUCGCUCGCGCGGACAAGGUCGACGAGACGAUCGACGCUGCGCCCUUCGACUCCACCCCGUUCGUGUUCGACACCCAGGUCUUCCUCGAGGUCCUGCUCAAGGGCGUCGGCUUCCCCGGAACCGACAACAACACCGGCGAGGUUGCAUCUCCUCUCCCAACGACCGUCGGCACCGACACCGGCGAGAUGCGUCUCCAGUCUGACUUCGCCCUCGCCCGCGACGAGCGCACUGCUUGCUUCUGGCAGAGUUUCGUGAACGAGCAGGAGUUCAUGGCGUCGAGCUUCAAGUCGGCGAUGGCCAAGCUCGCCGUCCUCGGCCACAACCGCAACGACCUGAUCGACUGCUCCGACGUCAUUCCCACGCCCAAGCCCGCCGUGAACACGCCCGCGAGCUUCCCCGCCACCACCGGCCCGCAGGACCUCGAGCUCACGUGCACGGCCGAGAAGUUCCCGACUCUGACCACAAACGCUGGUGCGCAGCAGACUCUGAUCCCUCACUGCUCGGACGGCAACAUGACGUGCAACACCGUCCAGUUCAACGGCCCCGCUUAAAUCUCUCGUCGAGGGUUAUUUAUCUUGGGAUUUUAUUACAAGGUUUCUCAUCCGGCAAUCGGUCACUCGUCCCGCGCUUGUUCUCGUCUGGAUUAGCACUAGGCUCUCAUGUACGUCGGUCGGUGGCACCACCGACUGUAGAAAUUUACGUGCUGCUGUCUCACGUUCUGUUGUUUCCCCGCCUCUCCCUCACCAUGAUCCACGGCGGCUCCGUAUGUGUGAUAAGAUUU